AUGACUUCACCAACGAAGAGUCCCCAGAAAAACGUCACCCCACACGCAUCACCAAGACCAUACUCUGCCUCGCCAUAUCUUCACAUAAUUGACACGAACGAGGGAAUUUUAGAUCGAGAUAAUUACACCCUCUCUCCGAGUACAAUUCUCGAGCCAUCUAAUUUUGACUAUGAUAUAUCACAAAAUAUCCAUAGAUGUGGCUUACCAGAGAAUGAGUAUGAUGAAGAUAGAACCGAGAAUACGCCAUUACUUCAAAAAAAACAAAGAAUUGCUUUCUCAACACCGCCUCUAAAACGUGAUAUACAACAGCAUAGUUCACGUCAAGAACAGUCAACGCCAAGCUCACUGUCACCGUCGCUGUCUCCUCUCGACGUACCUUCACUUAGACAGGAUUAUGUAGUUCAAUUCGGUGAUAAUAGUAACGAUAAUGAUAAGCAUAACUAUGAGACUGGUUCAAAUAAUAAUGGAAAUAAUAUCCACUUCGGAACUAGUUCAACUCGCUCAGUGAAUGAGGGAUCCGAUUCGGACGGAUGUGCUACAACUAAUACAUCGUCACAAUCACGUCGUGGAUCAAAAGCACAGGAAGACGUAUGCUUCCCUAGAACUGAUAAGAAUGACAAAUUGGGUCUCGAUUAUGAGGCACUAGAGGAACAUGUACGAGAACAAACAGCUAAAAGAAAGAGUGAGCAACGAAAGAGACAACGUAGAUUGAGUGAAGCAGCUUUUGCGUAUGCUAAGAAUGGUCAUAGAUAUAGUCAUACGGGGGAUUCUGAGAAUAAGGAGAUGUAUGACUCUGGUUAUCGAUACACCUUCUAUUCGACCGCUUACAAUACAGUACAUGCUCGUUCCUUAUCCGAAAUUCCUCCUUCCGGUACUUCAUUGUCCGACAUGCUAAAGUCCGGUUGUUGGUGGAUUGACGUUUUAGCACCAAGUGAUGUCGAAAUGAGAAGCUUGGGCACGAUAUUUGGAAUCCAUCCGCUCACAGUUGAGGAUAUAGAAACAGAAGAUACUCGAGAGAAAUGUGAACUAUUUAAGAGCUAUUACUUUAUUUGCUUCCGAUCUUUUGAUCAAGAUCAUUAUUCUCCUACUUAUCUGCAACCGAUUAGCAUAUAUAUAGUGGUAAUGAAAGAAGGCAUUUUGUCGUUUCAUUACCGACCAAGUCCACAUCCAGCAAAUGUUAGGCGACGCAUUAGACAAUUAAAAGAUUAUAUUACUGUUACGCCUGAUUGGAUCAGUUACGCGCUAAUUGAUGAUAUAACAGAUUUGUUCGCUCCGAUAAUUCGAUCGAUCGAAUUUGAAGUGGAUUCAAUCGAUGAGUUAGUUCUGAUUCUUAAAGAAUCCGAACAGAGCGAUAUGUUACGAAGAAUCGGACAUUGUCGGAAAAAAGUGAUGGGUUUGUUGCGCUUACUUGGCAAUAAGGCCGAUGUAAUGAAAGGUUUAAUUAAAAGAUGUAGCGAGUUGCGAUGGGAUGUGGUCAUCAGCAAUGAAAUAGUAUUAUAUCUUGGAGAUAUUCAAGAUCACAUUAUUACCAUGGUUCAAAACUUGAAUCAUUAUGAGAAAAUACUUUCACGAUCUCAUUCAAACUACCUCGCACAGAUCUCUAUUGAGAUGACACAGGCAAAUAAUCAAAUCAACGAUAUAUUAUCACGAUUAACUGCGCUUGGUACGAUACUAAUACCAAUGAAUUUAGUGACAGGAUUAUGGGGGAUGAAUGUUGAAGUACCCGGACAACCGGAUGGAGUUGGAGAUUUGGGGUGGUUCUUUUCCAUAUUGACAGGGAUCAUAAUUUUUGCUGUGAUAGGAGUUUUGUUAGCGCAUCGGACCGGAAUUGUAUAA